AUGGAAGAAAACAAAGUCAGACAAGAAGACCGGUCAAAGGUUCUCAUCAUUCCCCCUGAAAAUCUCCCAUUCGUUGACGGAGAGUUUGCUGUGGGAUGUGUAAACAACAGCCAGGCGAGUUGCAAGGUGAGGGUCACGGUAGCGGCGCGAGCAACUGUGACGAAGGACCAACAGGUCUCAUGCGCUUAUGGCAAAGACAGUAACAACCAACACCAAAUCAUCAAGUUGAGUCCCUCACAGAACAGAUUUACUCUGGCGUGCGGCGACAAAGGCACGAUUGUCCAGACGAACUACAAAAUUGCGUACUGCCCGGUGACAGAGGGCCAAGAUGCUGCGCCAGAGUGCUCUGAAGAGUACAAAACGAUUCUUCCAGGUUAUGAGGAGGGAUGGUGGACUGGCGACAACGGCAACUCUGCGACGCUAACGAUUCCCAAGGACAAGUUUCCUAACAACGAGGCAAGGUUCAUGAUUCAGUGUCAGACGACAGAGGGCACCGAGGCGAAGAAUGCACUACGGGAUAAACUACAGGACAGUGUCUGCAGCGUCGACGUCACGAUCGAAAGCGCAGGCCAGCCAAGAGCGGUGCCUCCGUCUGUGUACCUUGCCGCGUCUACUGCAGUAUUUCUGUUUGGUUCUGUGCUGUCCCUGUCGUACGAUUCGUUCCUCUGA